CACGACACGACGCAGGAUAAACGGGCCAUGACGACCGCGCAAUCAGACACCCAUGAUGAACCAUCUCGCGAUACCCGCCGGCCUCGCGCUGCACAGCAAUCCCACAGCAUAUUCUCUGUACCGACACCCAUAAAACAACUUUUCGACCGCUUCCCACUCCUCUCAUACCCUUCCAACGACCUUCCAUUGCGCGCACCCGCAAACCGCAAUGCGCACGUUUUACACGUUUUCUCGACAGAUAAAGGGGCUCUCGCAGGAGCGCCUUCUUACAAUCCGGCGUGCUUGAAAUGGCAGGCAUACCUCAAAUUCUGUGGCAUCGACUUUAAACUCCAGGCAUCGAACAACCACGCCUCGCCAAGCGGUGCCUUGCCAUUCCUCAUCCCUGCGACGGCUUCGGGAACCAGCGCUGGGAAAGAGUCGAAGAGUUUGGGGCUGUCGGUGGUGCCGUCGAACAAAUUGCAGAAAUGGGGCAUGCAGAAUUGUGGUGAGGGCCAGGCUAUACAGGAACCUGGGGAUUUUCGUUACGAGGCAUAUCUUUCGCUCGUGGACUUGAACGUGCGAAGGGCAUGGCUAUACACCCUCUAUCUCUCCCCCAACUUCUCCACCCUCGCCGAACCCCUCUACAUCCUCCCAACCUCCACGAACCCCCUCGUCCGCCUCAGCACAGCAUCGACCCUCCAAUCCGCCGCCGCCGCCGAACUCCUCAAAACAAGCGCCGUCAUCAAUGCAGACGAGCUCCACAGGCAGGCUGACGAGGCCUUUGCGGCGCUCGAGAUGCUACUAGGUGAUAACGAGUGGUUCUUUGGCGCGGAGAAACCGGGGCUAUGGGAUGCGAGCGUGUUUGCGUAUACGCAUUUGUUGCUUGAUGAGCGCUUGAGCGGUGUGGAGGGGUGCUGGGUCGAUUCACGGGUGCGGGAUUUGGUCAGGGCGAGGAAAGGGCUUGUUGGACAUCGGGAGAGGAUUUUGAAAGGGUGGUUUUAGGGGGGAAACGGGGUGCGGUCUCUUGGGAUGGCUGGGAGGGAUUUAGGGGUAGGGGUAAGGGUAGGGAUAAGGGCUGCUCCUUUUCUUUGUCUCUCUACUGUUUGUAAUUUGUAUGAUUUGCAUUUGUACUUGUAUAUGCGUGUGUACGUGUGGGUAGUGUAGGAUAAAAAUGAUGCAAAAGUAUAAACUGUUUUCU